AUGUUUUCCAAAUCUCUAAACAUUCUCGCUGCCACUUUGGCAUGCAGUUCUCUCUGCCAACCGGCCCUCUCCUUGCCAACCGUGGAGAAACGCGACAAUGCUGCGACCCCGAGAAAUGUCCUUUAUGUCCAAACCUUUACCGACUCUAACAACAACUUUUAUAACCUGACAGAUCUGGUCACCCAGUCAACCGGAAUCACGCAUGUUAUCCUGGCAUCCCUUCAUCUGGACUCCCCAACCGAGCUUCACUUGAACGACAAUGAUAUCACUUCGUCGUACUGGGACCCCUUGUGGCCGAUGGUCUCAUCCCUGCAAUCCUCGGGCGUUAAAGUCAUGCUCAUGAUGGGUGGUGCUGCUGCAGGCAGCUGGGCUAACAUUGCCAGUGACUUUGACUCUUACUACCCCCCAAUCUUGAAGGUCCUCCAGGACCACAGCCUUGAUGGCUUUGACUUUGAUGUCGAGGAGGACGUCUCUCAGGACGCUCUCGUCCAGCUCGCCCAACAACUCGACUCCGAUCUUGGUACCGACUUCAUCAUCACCGGCGCCCCGGUUGCAUCCGCCAUGUCCGGUGGAGGUAACUUGGACAACGUUGACUGGGCUUCUCUCGAUGCUGCUGCUACGAGCUCCAACCGUCCCAACGGCAAGCUCUUCAACUGGUACAACACUCAGUUCUACGAUGGCUGGGGUGAUGCCAGCUCCACCGGCUCCUACGAUUCUAUUAUCAGCGCUGGAUGGGAUGCUAGCCGUAUUGUCUUGGGUGUUCUUACUUCCGGUGGUGAGGGCAGUGGUUACGAUGAUCUGUCGACACUGUCGAGCACAAUCUCCAGCCUGAAGUCCUCUUACUCUAACUUUGGUGGUAUCUCGGGCUGGGAAUAUGGCGGUGCUGGCUCCAGUGACAGCGAUGACCCCAACCAGUGGGUUGCUGCCAUAAGCGCUGCUUUGUCCUCCUAG